AUGCCUGCCACGACAGCAGAAACCCUUUCUUUCGUCAAUAAAAAUGUCACUGUCGCACCGCUCGUCCUACUUUCCGUCGUAGAUCAUUAUAAUCGAGUAGCUAAAGGUACACGGAAGCGAGUGGUCGGCGUACUGCUAGGUCAGAAUGAUGGAAAGAAUGUGCGCGUUUCGAACAGCUUUGCCGUUCCGUUCGAGGAAGAUAAUGACGACCCGUCGGUUUGGUUCUUAGAUCACAACUACGUCGAGAACAUGAACGAUAUGUUCAAGAAGGUCAACGCGCGAGAGAAGUUAAUAGGAUGGUACCACUCCGGACCCAAACUGCGCGCAUCCGAUCUCGAGAUCAACGAGCUAUUCAAGCGAUACACACCGAACCCGCUACUUGUCAUCAUUGACGUCCAACCGAAGGAGUCCGGUGUUCCAACAGACGCAUACUUUGCAGUAGAAGAGAUCAAGGAUGACGGCACAACUACGUCGAAGACCUUCGUACACACCCCAUCUACUAUCGAGGCCGAGGAAGCAGAGGAGAUUGGUGUCGAGCACUUACUCCGAGACAUUCGUGACGUAGCUAUCGGAACUCUGUCGACACGUAUUACAAACCAAUUACAGUCGCUACAAGGACUACACCUCCGAUUACGUGACAUUCAAGCCUACCUCCAGAAAGUUCAAGAUGGUAAACUACCUGUCAACCAUGCUGUUCUGGGCAACCUUCAAGAUAUCUUCAACCUCCUACCUAACCUUUCGACACCCAAGCCUGGCGCAGAUGGAAAGGGUGGCAAUGCAGGUGAACUGUCCUACGCCAUGAGCGUUAAGACGAACGAUCAACUCCUUGCCAUCUACCUAAGCAGUCUUAUCCGCGCUAUCACUGCCUUCCACGACCUUAUCGAGAACAAGAUUCAGAACCGGCAACAGCAGGAAGAGAAGGAAGCCAAGGAGGAAGCUGCCGCGACAACGGGGAAGGAUGAUAAGGACAAGAAAGAGAGUGCGAAUGGUGUCAACGGCGAGCCCACAGAAAAGGGCAAUGAUAAGGAAAAGAAGAAAUAA